UCCAACCUUGUUCACCCCUCAGAGAUAAAUAACGUCUGCUCGGCACGCUAACCUUGACUUUGCACGAGAUGAUUGUCACAAAUAUGUAUAUCAAAGCAGGGAAAUGACUUUUUGUACGUUUAGACGUAAGAUAUAAUGAUUUGCGUCAAACCUGAAUCAGACCUUCCGAAAUAGAGUAACUUUCCUCGAGUGGCAGAGUUUAAGUGAGUUUGUCAACAUGGCGGAGGUGUCGGAGGGGUCCCAAAGCCCCACGUCCGAAAAGGAUGAUGUAUUUCACAGUAAUGGGCAGACUCCUCGAGAUGCAAACGGUACAGAUACAGAGGCCCCUGCCAGCCCGUUACCUGAUACAGACGCGACACCCUUACCUCGAAGGAGUAGUUUGAUUAAGGAUGCGGCGGGCCGCCGACAUCAGCGAAAGAAGACCGUUUCCUUCUCCAGUAUGCCGUUUGAGAAAAAAAUUGCAAAUUCUCAAGACUGUUUGAAUUACAUGCAAAAUGGCAGUGAGCUGAUCAAGGUGCGUUCCAACAGCCGCCAGUAUCAUCGCUACUUCAGUAUUGAUCCAGAUUUGACAGAAUUGCGCUGGCAGCCAAGUUCAAAGAAGCCCCAUAAGGCAAGAAUUGGUUUGGAGGCAAUGAAGGAAGUACGGAGUGGUAAAACCACAGAUGUCCUCAGGAAUAAAGAAAUAGCGGGCAUGUACCAAGAGGAGUGUGCCUUCUCUGUCAUAUAUGGUGACAACUACGACUCCCUGGAUCUCAUUGCAGCCUCCCCAGAUGAGGCAGGGAUAUGGGUUGCAGGACUUACGUGCCUCAUUUCAGGGAAAAACAAUAAAUCUCCAGAAUCAUUGGAAGAUGGUCAGGAAAUGAGAGACAGAUGGUUACAAGAGGUAUUCAGUUCAGCAGACCAAGACAACAUAGGGGUGUUGGACGAAUUUGAAGUCAUCAAUUUGAUGAAAAAAUUAGAUUCCAAUAUUUCUACUGCCAAGAUUCAGCAAAAAAUAAAGGAAAUUUGCACGGCAAGAAUAGAGGGCAAAAAUGUGCAGCUGAAUAGUGACGAAUUUAGUCGACUUUUCAAAGAUAUGGUCACACGACCUGAAGUAUAUUUUCUCUUAGUCAGAUACUCUAGCCAUGCAGAAUAUAUGUCCAUAGAUGACUUGAUGUUGUUUCUGGAAGCUGAACAAGGUAUUUCUACAGUAACCAAAGAAGAUUGUUUAAGAAUAGUUGAAAAGUAUGAACCCUCUCCAGAAGGCAGGCAGAAAGGACAGCUUGCAGUUGAUGGUUUUACUGCAUAUUUGUUAUCAGAAGAUUGUGAUCUCUUUGACCCAGAACAUCGCAAAGUUUGUCAGGACAUGGCUCACCCCUUGUCCCAUUAUUUUAUUGCAACAUCGCAUAAUACAUAUUUGCUAGAAGAUCAGCUUAAGGGCCCUUCUAGCACAGAGGCAUAUGAAAGGGCAUUAAAAAAGGGUUGCAGAUGCUUGGAGUUGGACACAUGGGAUGGUCCCGAUGAUGAACCAGUGAUCUACCAUGGCCAUACUCUCACCUCCAAAGUUUCCUUCAAAUCUGUGAUAGAUACCAUCAACCAAUAUGCUUUCCAAGCAUCAGAGUACCCUGUGAUUCUUGCCAUUGAAAACCACUGCUGUAUCAAGCUCCAGCAGGCCAUGGUGCACUAUAUGAAGGCAGUGUUUGGAGACAAACUGUAUGCUAAACCUACGGAUGAGAAUGCUAUACAAUUGCCUUCACCAGAAGAACUAAAGGGAAAAAUCCUUAUAAAGUGCAAGAAACUCCCCUUGGACUCUGAUAAUUCUGAGGGCUGGGUUACGGAGGAGGAUGAAGGUGCUGAAUCCACUGACAAUAGGAAGAAAAAUAAUAAAAGACCACCAGAGGGUGCUAUAAGGAAGUACCUGCUUUCCAAGGAGCUCUCAGAUCUGGUGUCUUGGUGUCAAUCAGUCAGGUUUACAGAUUUUGAGACGGCAGCAGAUGAACAGGAUGUAUGGGAACUGUGCUCCUUCAGCGAAAGUUUUGCCCUGCGUCUUGCCAAUAGUUUUCCAGAAGAGUUUGUGAACCACAACAAGAGGUUUCUGUCUCGGGUCUAUCCCAAUGGUGCCAGAGUGGACUCUGGGAACUACAAUCCACAGGACAUGUGGAACUGUGGCUGUCAGCUAGUGGCUUUAAACUACCAAACAGGAGGACUAAUGAUGGACCUUUAUGAUGGAAAAUUUGCUCAAAAUGGAGGCUGUGGUUAUGUCAUUAAACCUGCAAUAAUGCGUGAAGAAAUUGCCUACUUCAGUGCCAAUACCAGAGAUGUCAUACCAGGGGUCCCCCCACAGGUUCUUCAUAUUAGAGUAAUAAGUGGUCAUCAAUUUCCCAAGCCAAAAGGCUCUGGAGCAAAGGGGGAUGUUACAGAUCCCUAUGUGCUAAUUGAAAUAUUCGGUAUUCCUGCUGACUGUGCAGAAGAGCGAACCAAAACUGUUCCACAUAAUGGUUACAACCCACUGUUUGAUGAGAGUUUUGAGUUUCAAGUGAACCUUCCUGAGCUGGCUUUGGUGAGGUUUGUGGUCCUUGAUGAUGACUUCAUAGGGGAUGAGUUUAUUGGACAGUAUACUAUUCCAUUUGAAUGCAUGCAGACAGGAUACCGGCACAUACGUCUACUUUCCAACACCAGUGAAGUUAUUCCAAACUGCACUCUUUUUGUACAUAUUGCAAUUACGGACAAGUGCGGUGGAGGGAAAUCUUCCAAGCGUGGAACAUCAGUGAAGAAAAAUAGAAGCCGAAUGCGUGAUCACUGUAGUCUGAAAACCACUGGGGUGAAAAAUAUUGAUGACACAUUUAAGAGUGGUGUGCAGAGCCUUGCAGAUGCUGCGGACCUGCGGGAUGGUGUCCUCAUUGCCUUGGAGGCCUUCAAAGAAACUUGCAGUCAAGCUUCUACAGCUAACCUCAAACAGUGUAUCAGAGUGCUCUCCUCCAGAAUACAGAGCUCUGCAGACCAGGCAUCCAUAUGUAUCCUUAAGAAAGACGGGUGGCCAUAUAUUGAGAACCACAGCAAUAUUCCUGACAUUAUUAAGAAGGCAGUGGUUGCUUUUGAUGUGCUAGUGGCAGAAUGCAGAAAUUUGGUGGAAAAUGCAGUAGAGGUCUGUCAACAGCUGCGUGACAGUCAGAAGGCAGGUCUGGAGAUGCAUGAGGAGUUAAACAUGCUUUGUCAACAGGCAGGACUGAGGGCGAGGAAGCUUAAUAAAGCCAUGGAGAGUUUUGCCUGGAAUAUCAGAGUUCUCAAAGGCCAGGCAGACCUUUUGAUGCAGGCCAAACAAGACUGUAGUGACUACUUAAAACAGAUUGAAGAGGCGGCCGUGGCUACAGGACUAAUGAAACCCCAGGUUCAAAACAACGGAAACACCAAUGCUAUGGUUACCUCUUGACAGACAACUCCAUCUGGUGAUGUGACAAUGCAAUAUCCCCCACCUUUCCUUCAGUCAACAGAUGCACCCUAGUGGUAAGAGGAGAUAUCAGUCGUGAAGUUUCAUGCAUCUGCUACAUGGAAACUUUGGGGACAAGUUUAAGUUGGUGGUUUACUGAUGGGGCCAAAAAGGAAGUACAGAAUACAGUGUGUUAAUAUUUAAUGGGUGUUGAUUUAAUGGGUGUUGAAGAACAGGAGAACUUUUUUCAAAAUCUCAUAACUGUUCCUUAUCAUGGAAGAGAUAUUCAUAACAAUUUUUGGAAGUCAUCAUGUUUCAAGAGGUCUGUAAUAUUUUGAAUUUCACACCAGCAAAAAGUUAAACUGCAUGAGGGAAGAUGUUGCUCUCUGAGUUUAAGAUUUAAGGUUAUGAAUCUUAUAAUCUUUAAUUUAAGUGCCAUUUCUUAAGAUUUAUUUGAUUUUUUUUUGGCUGUGUUUAGCAGAAAAAAACAUGCUGCUGAUGUAACACGACAAUGGAAAAAGAUGAAGAAAAAUCAGUUAUAGUAG